AUGUCUCUGACCGAGUCGUCCGCAUCGGAAAUAGCGCAGAGCGCAUCACUGGCCUCACGCCGCUUAGCCACCCUUUCGAGUGACUCACGCAAUGAAGCACUGACUGUACUUCAUGCGGCAUUGUCAGACGAACGCGACUAUAUACUGCAAGCGAAUGCGAGAGAUGUCGCCUUGGCUACGCAAGCAGCCGAAAAUGGCGAAUUGAGCCAGAGUGUUUUGAAACGCCUUGAUUUGUCUAGACCUGGGAAGUACGAUGAUAUGCUGCAGGGAAUACUGAGCGUUAGGGACCUUGAAGACCCAGUUGGUAGGGUCACUAUGCGGACGCUCUUGGACGAUGAUCUGGUUUUGGAACGAGUCACCUGCCCCUUGGGAGUACUCCUCAUUAUUUUCGAGGCUCGUCCGGAAGUCAUCGCCAAUAUUGCAGCUUUAGCCAUCAAGUCUGCAAACGCAGCUAUCCUCAAAGGAGGAAAAGAAUCGACAGAGUCUUUUAUUGCCAUAGCCGAGGUCAUUUCAGCAGCGCUUUCCAAGACAGAGAUCCCCAUCCCUGCCGUUCAACUGGUCAAAACGCGUGAUAUUGUAUCGUCACUGCUCGCACAAGAUACCCUCAUUGAUUUAGUGAUUCCUCGGGGCUCGAACGAGCUAGUCCGAUAUGUCAAAGAUAAUACAAAGAUCCCUGUCCUUGGUCACGCUGAUGGUCUUUGCUCUGCGUAUCUUCACUCCGAUGCUGACGUUUCAACUGCCGUCAAAGUCAUCGUUGAUUCCAAAACCGAUUAUCCAGCCGCCUGUAACGCUUUGGAAACGCUCCUUGUUCACGAAAAUGUCCUCGAAAGCGUUUUGCCUGCCGUUGCUGAGGCCUUGCUCGCGAAAGGCGUCUCCCUCCGUUGCGAUCAAGCUUCGAAGAAGGCUUUGACAAAAACUCUCCCACCAGCAAAGGCUGCUCUUUUACAAGACUCCGUUGACCAAGACUACAACACCGAGUUCUUGGAUCUAGUCCUAGCGCUCAAGACGGUGCCCUCCCAGGCUUUAGAAUUAUCUGCCGUACAAUCAGCUAUCGCCCAUGUGAACGCCCAUUCUUCAAAGCACACUGAUAUUAUCAUUACCACUUCGAGGGAAGUUGCCGAAACGUUUAUGGCUGGUGUUGAUAGUGCAGGUGUCUACUGGAAUGCCUCCACACGCUUUGCGGAUGGAAUGCGCUACGGAUUUGGCACAGAGGUCGGCAUUAGUACAAAUAAGAUCCAUACUAGAGGUCCGGUUGGCUUGGAGGGGCUGACCAUUUACAAAUAUCUUAUCAGAGGUCAAGGGCAUGUCGCGGCCGACUAUGCUGGAUUGCCGGGAAGCAAGAAGUGGAAACAUCAAAAGCUGGAUAUCGUGCCUUGA